AUGAGUGACUGGUUUGUGGAUGAUGAGGGGUCGUGGUUUAGUACUGGGCAAGAGUGGACAGUGGAGUCUGGAUCGUCGAGUUCAGAACCGUCGAGCAAUUCGGAGCACUGGAUCGUAGUGACGGACUUGGAACAGCAGACACUAACAGAUCAUGAUAGCAGCAGUGAUUGGGACGAGGACGUAUAUCUUAUGCCGAGAGACAACGUGCAGCCCAGCACAACGGUGAAUGAGUAUGGCGAACACAUGACUUGGCCAGUACAUUACCCUGAGGAGGAGAGAGUAGUGCCAUCUACCCAAAUCAUAGAGAUCAGUUCAGGCGAGACUACACCAAACUCUUGGGAUAGAGAUAGUCCACCAAGUGUUCUACCGCAUAUACCAAUGCCGCAUGUAUUUGCACCGGGAGGUGGAGUAUACCCGUACAUGCCAACGGAGGAGAAUCCAACGGACUACGUGUACCCGUUCAUUACCACUGGCGUAGAAAGCAAUGAUCCAGCCGUUGCAGUUCAAGUCAAUAGUGAAGUCUUCACAAACCAACCUGAAGAACCGGAUACGCCGGAACCAACAUGGGAGGAUUAUCUUGGACACCAGAACGUAUCACCCACGUACUGGACAAGGAAACUCAACGAGAUCGCUGGAUACACAUCAUCAAUGGAGCAUGGAGAAGGAAGCAUACCUCAAGAUCAAGGAGAAGCUAAUGCAAUGUGGUGUACAAUGUAUGGAGAACAAGAUGCACCAAACUCGGUGGCAGGCAAUGAAUAUCAAAUACCGGAUCUUAACCAAACCACGGAGGAAGAAUUGGAGAAUCUCAGAACAGAGGGUAAUGGCCAAGAGCAAACUGUGUCACGCCAAAGGGGAAGGCCUCCCAGAAGACUCGCGAGGAUGAGAGUCCCAGCACCGUCUCAAGUCACGCUACCAUGCGAUCAAUGUGGAAGGACGGGACAUCAUAGCCGAGCAUGUCCCAAUGUGCGAGCUAGAUCAAGGAUGAAUGAAAGGCAGAACAUUUGCCUUACUUGUGGAGAGAAAGGACACUUCUCAGCAGACUGUCCAAGGAACUGCCCCAGUACUAGUCAACCCACCCGCUCAACCACAAGGAGAGAGAGGCGACCAGGGAGUGGAAGCCGUAGAAUGUAA